GAAGUUUCUUAAAUUCCCUAAAGCGCUGGGCAUUUUCAUAGGAGAAGAUGCUCCUGUUUUGGUAUUCAUAUAAGUUGAUGAUUUCAGGUAAGUGAACUUUUGGUUAAUUUUUAUGGUUUUCUAAUUGCAAGCUUCGAUUUACAGCUUGCUAUAUAAUUUGUGUCUCUUAACUAGAUAUCCUAAUCCGAAUUAGUUAGCCCAGACCUUUAAGCCCAUUAGAUAAGGCCCAUAAGUUUUGAGUACAUAUAUAUCAAAGUUGCAAGUAAAAAGAAGCUUAAUCGUCUUCGAUCUCAUAACAUCUUCGCCGUGAGGUUUCCAUAAACGAAAGGAUGAUAAACAACAACAAGAAGCCGUCGCCUGAGUACUUUGUGUCGGAGGUAACGGUGUGGUGAGACAUGGACAGGUGUCCGAUUCCCGAUGGUUAUGAUGCAGGCAAGGUCGGUCCGUGUAUAAAGUCGGAGUUGGAGAAGUUAAGCUACUCUGGUCCUCUCACCAUCUUUGGCGUGGGCGACCUAGAACGCAUCCCUGACCACGUCUUGCAAGCCUUAUUUUCCACCACUGGAAUGACUUGCACCUCCGGCUACAAUAUUGCUGCUUUCAGUGUGACCUUGAUAGAUGUUGUUUCUGAACCAGUUUGGUUUACAGAUGCCAAGUACCGUGAAACUGGUAAAUUUGUUUGCAAACUAUGCCGCUUUGAUUGCGAAAGCUUUGAACAAGUCACCAACCAUCUCAAGGGUGAAGAACAUACACGGAUGGAGCUUGAACUGAAUUCUCCACAAGAUGAAGCCGAAGAAGAUGAAUGUUGAUGCCAAAGAGAAAGGCCAAGAAGUUGAAGAUGGACGUAUGAGCAUCAACCUCAAGCCCAAGAAGUGUAUUAAGGCAUCCUUGAGCCCUCAUUUUUUAAGUUGCAACUUAUGAUUAGUUAAAUACUGAUGAUAUGGGAUUACUUUGGCAUGCUUAAAUUAUGAUUGGACUGAUAUUUGAUAGAAAAUUGAAAACGCUAAGAAUAUGUGAAGCUUUAAAGUAUUUUAUUUUUAACUGGUAAUUAUAAUUAUUCUUAAAUACCCGAAAGUCUUUAUGGAUC